GUGUGCAGGCGGGUUGAGCUGCGAGAGGCUUCGGCAGCCAUGGCUCCCAACGUUCCCGCGGCCGAGCCGGCCCCAGAGAGUCCUAAAGGCAUCCGGGCCGUGCUGCUGGGGCCGCCCGGGGCCGGCAAGGGUACCCAGGCACCCAAAUUGGCCAAAAACUUCUGUGUCUGCCAUCUCGCCACUGGAGACAUGCUGAGGGCCAUGGUGGCUUCUGGCUCAGAGCUGGGGAAAAAACUGAAAGCAACUAUGGAUGCUGGGAAACUGGUGAGCGAUGAAAUGGUAGUGGAGCUCAUUGAAAAGAAUUUGGACACCCCUCCAUGCAAAAAUGGUUUUCUUCUAGACGGCUUCCCUCGGACUGUGAGGCAGGCAGAAAUGCUUGACGACCUCAUGGAGAAGAGGAAAGAGAAGCUUGAUUCUGUGAUUGAAUUCCGCAUCCCAGACUCUCUGCUGAUCCGGAGAAUCACAGGAAGGCUGAUUCACCCCAAGAGUGGCCGUUCCUACCACGAGGAGUUCAACCCCCCAAAGGAGCCCAUGAAAGAUGACAUCACUGGGGAACCCUUGAUCCACAGAUCAGACGAUAAUGAGAAGGCCUUGAAAAUCCGCCUGGAGGGCUACCACACGCAGACCACCCCGCUGGUGGAGUACUACAGGAAACGGGGGAUCCACGCUGCCGUUGACGCCUCCCAGACCCCUGAUGUCGUGUUUGCAAGCAUCCUAGCAGCCUUCUCCAGAGCCACAUAUUCAAUCCUUCGCCACUUACUUCAUGAUGAUGGUGGCCACAGACUCCCCAAGAAAAGAUCACCCAAAAAUAAAAUCAUCUAUGACAGUAAUCAACUUUUAUGCCUAACCUCAGCUCCCCAACUAGAAAGCAUUUCCUGGGUUCUGUGCUGAGCCUUUUGGUCUUUGGUAAGAUUCGUGGCAAAUGGAUGAAUUAACAGACUGCUGUGACAGACCACAAAAGCAGCAGCCUGUGGAAAAACCAUUAGAAAAUCAGUGGCAGGUCCAGUAAAUAAUGCCUCCUGCUCUGGAGUAAUGCUGAUUCAGUACAGUGACUCUCAAGUUCCCAGUGUCCCUCUGACAUGAGCCCUCCUGCUGUCUGUGGGACUACCAGAGGGCUUGUCCUCUGUCUGCCUGGAAGCUGGCUUGGGUACGUGGCCGUCUUGCUUCUCUCUUUGUCUGGUUCUAGUGUGUGUCUGCUGGCUCUGCUCUGCCUUGUUUCCCUGGCUGUAAACUAACUCCACCCAGUCUGGUGUGGGGUGUUUCUGGGAAGCACGUGACUUCUGAGAAAGGGCAAAGGAAAGGAGUGAAACCAAAACUGUCAGCUCUGUCUGUGGGGAUCUGCAGUCCUUGUCUGGAUGAGAUGGCCUCCUGAGUCUGCUCCCCUUUGACUGGGGACAGUUGCAGGCACUCAGCCUCAAAGUUGAGGUCCUUGAAUGUUUGCUAAUUGAAUGUGCAUGAUCCUUGCUUAAAUAUUCGUCAUUCACCCAUAUACAUUCACAUGCGUGUACAUGCACAACAUGCGUGUGUGAUAUUUGAGCUGUGGGUGAAAACUAGAUGUGGGGGAUGCAUAUGCCUUUUUCCGGGUGGUUAGGGUUCGGUUUUUGCUUCAUUUAAUUCCAGAGCCUUAACCUCGGCAAGCAUGAGAAUUUUCAUCUGGCAGAGAAAUGUCCAGUGUUUAAUGCAUUUGGUCUCUGAGGCAUGCAUGCCAGCCUUCUUUGAUGUUUACUUGGUUUUUAAAAACCCACUUUGUUCUCUUGUUUUCCUCUCUAUUUCAGCCUAGUAACAGAAGUCCAGGCGAGACUACACCACUGCUCAUCACCCCGCAGCGUGAUCCCUGCUCUUAGGUGCUGGGCAGAGGGGAGGGGUGGUCAGGGUAAGGAUGGAGAGUCAAGAGUGGUGAGGGGCUCAAGAAAAACAUUGGAAGAGCAAGUGUUGUAAUGAGGCCAUUUCUUUUACAUAUAGUAGGCGUCUUAACAAGGAUGAGUAAUUAAUUUUUUAAAGACUGAUUGGGGGGAUAUAAGUAGAAAUAGGGAAGUGCAGUACUAUUUCUAAGGAAUCAAGUUUUCAUUUACUCUGAACUGGUAACAAUAUUUUUUAAAGCGAGUGCCCUGAGUCCUCGGCUUUUAUC